CGAACGGCGGAAUUUAUUGACGUAUCGUCUGCUUGGAGGAGAACGAAACAGCUAGCUAAAAAUGUGAAAAGAGAGAUAAAAAAGAGAGUACAAAAGGGAAAUUCGAGAGGGAGAUUGAUUUUAAUUUACAAAGCAAUGGCGUCGAAACCCCAGCUGGUCCUUUUGGGUUACGUAGACGAGCAAAUCACGUCCAAAUAUCAGCAAGUUGUGAAUUAUACUACGAGUAAAAUCGGUGGUGCUCCUGAUUGGUGUAUAAGUGGCUCGUCAGUUCCAAUAUGCAAGAGAUGUGGCAGAAGACAGUCUUUAGUGAUUCAAAUCUAUUGCCCCUUGGAAGGGAGCCCAUGCCAUCGCACACUCUUCAUCUUUGCUUGUGUUACGCAGGAGUGCUGGAACCGUCCCCAUAGCUGGACCUGUCUAAGAAGCCAGAUGCCAGACCCCACAUCAGCCAAGACGUCCCUCCCUGGCACCAAGGCAGUUCCCCCCCAGUCAGCGGGUGGGGAGACUUGGUUUGAGGAUGAUGAUGACUGGGGCAGUAAUGACAAUGAUGGCAAUGGCAAUGCAGACAACUUUAACUUUGCCUCGUCGUCGCAGCUGUACCUGGACAAUAUGUCCAAGAAGCCCGAUGGAAUGAGCAACCUAAACAACAUGAACUCCAACACAUCAUCUAUCACUGAGGUUGCGCAGAGCAUGGAGAGUAAGCUGAACAUUAUUGAGGGAGAUGCCAAUGCUAAUGAGGCCCUGUGUGGUGCUGUGGGUAUUGUUGGGUGUGGUGGAGAAGGAGUGGAGGCUUCAGCUGUGAUUGAAGGGUCCGAGGAGGACAUGAUUGCAGUGGACACACCUGAGCAGCCAACUACUGAUAUCCCUGCUCUGUUUCAGGAAGCAGCUCAGAUAGAUGCCAAUGCAGAUGUGACUUUUAUUCCCUACUUCCUGUCGAGUGAAAUAGAACCACCAGAAGAUGUAUCGUUUACAGACCAUGAGAGAGAACUUUUAGUGCGCUACACUCAUAGCACAGGACAUGACUUCAGAGAGGAGGAAAAUGCCGGUGGGGGCGAGGGAAAGGGAGACAGCGUUUAUGAGAAGGACGUAGCCAUCCACGGUGAUGUACUACUUCACAAGUUCAAAAAGAGGAUCUCGCGCAGUCCACAGCAAGUGAUGAGGUACUGUCGAGAGGAAGGUGCGUCUCCUCUCUGGUUGCGUCCCCCAGGAGCCAGUGAUGUGGCAACUAAGUGCCAACACUGUGGAGGCAGCAUGGUCUUUGAACUUCAGCUGACACCACAGCUCAUCAUCCAUCUGCGGGUCUCAGGAGUCCAGGGUACACCUUUAGAGUUUGGAACUGUGGUGGUGUUUACUUGUUUAGCAUCAUGUUGGUCAGAUAAAGACACAGUUAGACAAGAAGCAAUAGUUGCCCAAAGUGAAGUCAUUUAAGUACCCAUUUUUAGACACAAGUCCAAAGAGAAAGUUCAUCACAACAUAAGGAAUAAUAGAUGCUUGCCCCAAACCAGUUUUUAUUAGAAUUUGUAUUUUAUUUUGUUUGUUCAUUUGUUUUAUUCCUUAUAUAUUCAUGCCUUGAAUGUGUUCAUCAACACAUUCAGAUUACAUUAUGGAAAAUGGUAGGAAAAGCAAAAUGGAGGAAUAUUUGAGUAAAUCUAGCCCUUUCAUUACAUUAAAUCAUAUAUGUAUUAACUUUUGUUUAAUGGCAAUAAAUAUGAAAGGCUAGUCUCCUAUCAAAUUAAGAAUUUCCAUUGGACCUUUUAAAUUGUAAGCAAAUACUGUGAUUAGCAUUGUUUGUAAAGGACAGAAAGUCUUACCAUUAUAAUUAGGGGAACAGAAUGAUGAGGUUGAUGACGCAUUCUAAGAUAUAUGCCAAAUAGGUUUAAUCUUAUGGUUUUGUUGGUGUGGCUUGGACUUCCAGUAGAGAAAUAUGUUUAGAAAUAACAUUUCUCUUAGCAAUUGAAAGGGUAAAGAAAAAUAGUGAGUAUAUUUCAAGUUUUGUAGAACUUUUGGGGCAGCAGUUUUUGUUAACAUCUAAGUUAAUAAAUAUAUAUUUUUUG